CAUGGUGCAGAUAUACCAUAUGAUGCAUGUUCUGUAAAUAUUUAUUUAAAGAACAUGCAUCCUAUGGUAUAUCUGUAUUCUGUUUCACUCUCUGGAUACAUUAUGAAAUGCUGACAUGUUCAUAAUGUUAGUGCAGGAACAUGCCCUAAUCCAAGCGCAUUACUGUAGAAGGGAUUAUCAAGAUCCCAAAACAGAGGGUGGGAGAGACAAGGCACACAGGGGUGAUCACGCUGAGGGAUGAGUGAACAGAAAUAGCCUGGCCAAUAACAGCUCUUGGAGCAGAGAAGAGAGCCAGCUCCAGGAUUCAGGGUGAAGCACUGGACCUGUUACAGAGGUCUAGAGUGAGGAAACUAAAGAGUAGAAGGAACAGCAGGAGGUUUAAGAGUACGAUCCAGGUGGCCAUGAGGACGGCAAGGCGAGCCAGCACUGUGGAGGUUCCCUCCUUCCUGCGACAGUUAGUGAGGGAGACCGAAAAGAUGGUCACUUUCUUUUUCAAGGGAGGUCAGGGGGAACAACAAGCAGAUGAUUCGGACUCUGAAGAGGAUAAUGAUGAUGUGGAGGAGAUACCCAGCCCUUACCUGGAGAGGCCCAUGCUACAGAAGCACACUGCCGAGGGCGGGUCUAAGUGGGGCAUUAGCUAUGCCCUGGCCACCAUGCAGGGAUGGCGUGCGCAAAUGGAGGAUGCCCACACAUGCAUGCCUGAGAUGACUGAGGGCCUGCCAGAUUGGAGUUACUUUGCUGUGUUUGAUGGGCAUGCUGGAAACACUGUGGCUCAGUAUUGCUCCACACAUCUGCUUGAUCACAUCCUUGCGACAGGUGGCGUAGCUGCAGAGGAAAAUGUGGAGCUAGUGAAAGACGGCGUCCGAGAUGGGUUCUUAGGCAUUGACCGCCACAUGCAUCAACUGGCCCACACCAGUGGCUGGGACCGCAGUGGCUCCACAGCGGCUGCUGUCAUGAUCUCUCCACGUAACAUCUACUUUAUCAACUGUGGUGACUCCCGCACCUUCCUGUGCCGCAAUGGCCAGGUGGUCUUCUACACGGAGGACCACAAGCCCUGCAACCCACGCGAGAAGGAGCGCAUACAGAACGCAGGGGGCUCAGUCAUGCUGCAGCGCAUCAACGGUUCCCUGGCUGUAUCUCGUGCGCUCGGAGAUUUCACCUUUAAGGAGGUGGAAUGGAGGACGCAGACAGAGCAGCUGGUGUCCCCCGAACCUGAGGUCUAUGACCUGGAGCGCUCACCCAGUGAUGAAUUCCUAGUGGUGGCUUGUGAUGGAGUUUGGGAUGCCAUCAGUAAUGAAGAGCUGUGUGCCUUUGUGCACAACCGGCUUUCAUUGUAUGAUGACUUGAGGGAAGUCUGUUCGCAGGUCAUCGACCUCUGCCUCUAUAAGGGAAGCCUAGACAACAUGAGCAUCAUCAUCAUCUGCUUCAGUGGCUCUCCACAAGUGACUCCUGAAGCAUUGCAACAGGAGGCAGAGCUGGAACAACUCAUAGAUUGUAAAGUAAAAGAGAUCAUUCAGCUGAUCAGGUCUCAGAAUGAAGAGCCAGAUCUGCUUCAUGUGAUGAAGUUUCUGUCAGCUGAUAACAUCCCUGGACUUCCACCAGGGGGUGGCAUCACAAGCAAGAGAGAAUGCAUAAUUGCUGCGUACCAGAAAUAUUCAGCAGCUUUCAGAAUUGUUGACCAAGAGGAUACUGGCGGCUUGGAGAAUUCUAACUAGUGGUGGUUGCCUUGGAAACUAAAUCAGAAGCCUCACAUUUACAUAGCAACAGUCUUUAUCGUGGGAAACAUGACAGAUGAACUUUAAAGUAAUAAAAAGUUAAAAAUAAUAGCAGCCAAUCUAGAAUACAGUGACAGCCAUUAACAACAAAUAUGUUUAUCUGCAGGGAAACAGAUAUUUCAGUUGUCACUCUUUAAGUGACUGUGAGUCCCUGAUUAUGCAGAUUCUGCUUGUAUAUACAGCUGACACAGCAAGCAGAAUCUGCAUAAUGUGCAUAUUAUUAUGAAUUUUAAAAUUAGUAUAAACAUUCCCAUGUGAACUGUAUAUGGAGGUGAAGACAUCAUAAGGAAUUUCUCAGCAAUUCUGUGUUGAUAUGGAACAAACAACGAGAUAAAUAGAUUAUAAAACUUUACAAUGUGAUUACAAUAAGUCGAGAUCUUGGAAUUAUCUUGAAAAAAUAAUGUUUGAAUGUUAUUUAAAUGCCACUCAAUAUGUAUGACAUGUUUUACAAUAAAAUAUUGCUUAAAAGUAUUAACAUAUAAAUAAAUUAACAUAUAUAAA